CAUCCCUCAGCUGUCGGCAACGUUUUAUGGUGGCGAGGUUUUAUUCUACUUAUAAAUGAAAUAAUACCGUCGCAAUGCUGCCCUUACUCAAGUCACAUAUCCCUCGCAGGCUUGGUGCGCGACCACAAUUGAUCCCCUCGUUCCCACACAGUUAUCAAUCUGCGUCUUUUUCGAGCUCGGUUAUCAAAUCUGCCUCAGCACUUGAACCCCAUGGACGCCCUAGUCAGAGCCUGACUGCAUCCGGCAAAGUACGGAAAGAAGUACCCUUGCCUAGCGAGGAAAAGAAGGAAGGCGCCAUGCAAUAUGUCCUAACUACACUUGAUCAAGUUGCAAAUUGGGCACGCCAAAGUUCUCUCUGGCCCAUGACCUUUGGUCUCGCAUGUUGUGCCGUGGAGAUGAUGCACCUCUCUACUCCACGCUACGACCAGGAUCGCCUGGGUAUCAUUUUCAGAGCUUCUCCACGACAGUCCGACGUUAUGAUUGUGGCCGGAACCUUGACAAAUAAAAUGGCUCCCGCCCUUAGGCAAGUCUACGAUCAAAUGCCUGACCCUCGUUGGGUCAUCAGCAUGGGCAGCUGUGCAAAUGGCGGCGGCUAUUACCAUUACAGCUACUCGGUGGUCCGCGGAUGCGAUAGAAUCGUCCCUGUUGAUGUUUAUGUUCCUGGAUGCCCCCCCACAUCUGAGGCAUUGAUGUACGGAAUCUUUCAACUCCAAAAGAAGAUGAGACAAACCAGGAUUACCCGCAUGUGGUACCGCCGUUGAUCAUCCAGCAUUCGACUAGCGGGAGUAUUGUGAUAGAGGAAGGUGAUAAGUGUGGAGUGUCUGCUUAAAUGGAAUUCGACAGCAUUCUGCCUAGUUCCAGCCUACAAUGUAACAACAUGUCUCUUUGAAGAAGGCUGGUUCGUAUUACUUAUUAAAAACAAUGGUGAAUAUAUUUUUUGUUGUAGAUCUCAGAAAAUGCCACUAUAAACUUCUGCUACCU